ACCCAUAAAAUUACUUAUUUUUACCAUUUUACCCCUAUUAGGACAGGUAGUUUGAACAUUCAACUGUUUCAUCUUUCCACUUUGUCGAUCAUUCUCGCGAUCGAGAGAUUCGUUUUGUAGUUUCACUUUUCCCAGCUGAUUCUGUGUCCCUCUUCGGACACAGAUUACAAGCUUAGAUCCUAGGGUUUUUCUCCUCUAUUUUCCCGGAAAAAAUUUCCCAAACCCUGUUUGGCUAGCCAGAAAAAUAGAAAAAAAAGGAAGAAAUUUACUACAUAUCAAUGUAUUUUUGGGUAUGUGUAUUGUGGGGCCAAAUCGUCGAUUAAAGAGUUAAUUGUGUAUCCAAAGUCCCGACACGGGUCGAGGGGAUUUAUGAGCACGAGAUCGCGUUUUUCGAUACUGUGAUUGGAGAAUUGAGUGAAUGGAUUCUACUCUCAAAUGCUCAUUUUUGUUAGUUCUUCUUGGAUUAGUUGUGAAUGCCCUUUGUUUAACUGAUUCCGAGCAUUGCGAAAAUGUGGUGAAAAAAUGGGCACUUACUUCCCUUGAUCAUGAAGUUAAAAAUAAUAAACACACACUGAAGGAUUUACUUUUCUUCCUUCAUGUUCCCCGGACGGGAGGACGAACCUAUUUUCACUGUUUCUUAAAGAAGUUGUAUUCGAAUUCUUUAGAAUGCCCUCGUUCUUAUGACAAGCUACGCUUUGAUCCUAGUAAGGAAAAAUGCAGGUUAUUGGUUACUCAUGAUGACUAUAGCAUAACCUCUAAACUUCCCAGGGACAGAACAUCAGUUGUGACCAUCCUUAGGAAUCCAGUUGACCGUGUCUUUAGCACUUAUGAGUUUUCAGUGGAGGUGGGGGCAAGGUUUCUAGUGCAUCCCAACUUAACGUCUGCCAUGCAAAUGACUGGACGUUUGCGUGCUAAAACUAAAGGAGUAAGUACUCUGGAUAUAUGGCCUUGGAAGUAUCUGGUUCCAUGGAUGAGAGAAGACCUGUUUGCUCGGAGAAAUGCUAGAAAAGCUAGGCGCACCAAUGAUGUAAAGAGCAGUGAUCCCUAUAACAUGGAAGACAUUGUAAUGCCGUUACUCAAUUACAUCAAUGACCCUAUAGCUCAUGAAAUUGUCCAUAAUGGAGCUACAUUUCAGAUUGCAGGAUUGACAAACAACUCUUAUUUACCCAAAUCACAUGAAGUCCGCCAUUGUGUAGAUAAGUACAAGAAUCUUGGUGAAUAUGUGCUUCAAGUUGCAAAGAAGAGGUUGGACAAUAUGUUAUAUGUUGGUCUAACUGAGGACCAUAGGGAAUCUGCAACAAUGUUUGCCAAUGUGGUUGGGGCACAGGUUAUCUCCCAGUUGGAAGAAUCAAAUGCUAUUGGUAAGGAGGCCGCUGUCAAUAAAUCAGAACUGACCACUUCAUUUUCAGACUCAGAGCUGGAUAGUAAUGAUCAUCAGAAUCCCAACUCAGAUGAAAAGGGGAAUGAAACCACAUCAUCAUCAGAUGACAAUGAAGUAAAGCAAGAGAAUAUGACUGUCAGAAAACUUAUGGAAACUUAUGAGGUUUGCAUUUCCAGUUUGCGAAAGACCCAAGCACACCGACGUAUUGCUUCUUUGAAGAGAAUCGCUCCAGCAAACUUCACAAAGGAGGCACGUCUUCAAGUUCCUCAGAUGGUCAUCCAGCGGAUACAAUCACUUAACAACCUUGAUUUGGAGCUCUAUGAGUAUGCUCAAGGCAUCUUUGCAAAGCAGCACAACGAAGGUGCAGAGAAGUUGUUUGAUACGGAAACACUGGGAAGCAUGUUCAAUUAUUCAGGUGGCAUCAAGCUUCAGGAUAUCUGUUUGUGGGCCAUGCCAUUUGUCUUGCUCUUUAUUUUCUUUUUGUUUGUAAAUGCAAAGCGAAGAACAUUGAAAGUGAAGAUAUGAAUGUUACUGACCGGUAGUUAUAUGGAUCACAGCCGAAAAAAGUUUUUAUAAAGCGGAUAAAAAAAUAGGGAUAAGCUUAUCAUUCAUCUUGCUUGAGUGCUUAAAUGUGAAGCUCAACCAUUGACUACAAGAUUUUUGUUAGAGAUGGCUUAUGAUUAGAUAAAAAGCUUUAUCAUUUGUUUUUAAAUUACAUGACAAUCUCAUUUAGUUUUGUAGUUCCUUUCAGGUUGUUUAGACUGGUGGAUUGUUUCUUUGAAAACACACUUUGCACCAAAUCAGCAGAUGUCAUUACACUGAGGUAAGGUUGUCCCCUAGUGUCCUCUUAGCUGCUGGUAGUUAGAAUUUGAGACUUUGAUUUAAAUUUUUCAGCUUUUUGGGAAGGGGUUCCCUUUCUAUGUGGUCAAGGUCUAAUGUAAUGAGUGAGGUAUGGCUGAUGACUAUAAUAAUUUUGUGAAAUCCAGAACCACCUGACUUGAAGCAGAAUCUUGAAUCGUAGAGAUUUGUAUUGGCUAUUGGGCAUGUGGUAGGUUUCAGAAAGAUGAAAUAUAGAGAUCUAUGACCAAAAAAUAAACAUGGGUAUUUAAGUGCUAAACGUAGGCAAUGCAGCAAGUUAUACAUUUGAUGACUUAAUCGAAACGUGACAUUCUCUUGCUUUUCUGAUUGAUGCUCAUCACCAUGCAAAAAUUUCUUGCCUUUCCGAGGUUGAAAACAAUUCAAGGGUUAAGGUACGUACAUCGUACUACAAAAUAUUUGUACUGUAAAUGGCUAAUGUGAAUGAUUUAUACCUAAACAAAGAAGAAUAAGGACCAACUCGCCUUUUGAAAUAUGUACUGGCAAAUGUCAGAGAACAGGUCUUUUUUAAUAAUUAAAAUAAUCAGAUUUUAAAACUCGAUUACUAAAAUUGAAAGUUUAAGUUAAAAUCGAUAACGGAAGGUAAAAAACAUUCAUUCUUUAAUAAAAUAGUAACUAUUCCAUUUCCAAUUCAAGCAGAUUUAAUCUUCAAACUUCCUUUUUUUUUUUUUUUCCAGAACUCAAAAUCUCGAAUUCCAAGGCUAUUCUAAAGGACAAAAAGCACAUGCUCCUCUUCUUGUUCUUUAAUACACAGACGUUGGCAUUGCCCCCAACCCUUUCCUUAGUCAAAGAAUGGAGAAAGCAAAGGCAGGCGCCUAAAAUUGUG